CUUCUUCUGCCAAGUUUAGCGACGCUCUCCGUCUCCGGCGAAAUUUGCUUCUCUCCGGCAAAAACAUCGAGCUGUGAGUUACCUUUUUGUCCUCUGUGAUUCAGCAUGAAGUGAGGAACUAGGAAUGCUACUUGGAGAAAAUGAUCGCUCUCAGGAAGUUGAACCUCAGGAUAGCAGCUUGCCCUUUUCCUUUGCUCCGGUUGUUUGCUUUCAAUGGUCAUUAUGUAGUUUUCAAACACGCAAUUCAGUCUGGUUGGAGUAGUGAGUUUGUCAAUCGGUUAGGUGGCUUCAGUCGGGGAAACAUAGAGAUUCAGAGUGGAGUCAAACGCAAUGCGUUUGCUCAGAUUGCUCCAUUUUCUACUGUUGCUGGGACAAUCUUAGUCCAGGCUCAAGACCUUGGUAAAAUGUCUGAGGAGUUGGAAAAUGUGAUUGAUGAAGAUAAACUUGAUGAUGCAUGGGUUUUGUAUGAGCGGCACAUACAAAUGGCCGGGUUUCCUAGAAAAUCAAUUGUUAAUAAACUUGUAGCAGCUUUUGCCGAAAGCUCAGAUUUUGGACAGCUGGAGAGGGCUUAUGCUUUGGUUGAACAGGUAUUUGAGGAGAACAAGCAUGACUUGCUUGGGAGGAAUACUCUUAUCUAUCUUGCUUUAGCCCUUGCUAAAUGUGGAUUACCUAUUCCUGCAUCUACUCUUGUAAGGAAGCUUGUCGAAACGGAAAAGUAUCCACCUGUGAGUGCUUGGUCUGCAAUCCUGGCUUAUAUGUCACAAACCUCUGAUGGAGCAUACCUUGCUGUUGAAUUGGUUCUUGAAAUAGGUUACUUGUUCCAAGAUGGAAGAGUUGAUCCCCGUAAAAAGAGCAACGAACCUCUACUUUCCAUGAAGCCUAAUACUACUUGUUUUAAUAUUGCUUUAGCUGGAUGUCUUCUGUUUGGAACUACUAGAAAAGCAGAGCAGCUUCUUGACAUGAUGCCCCGAAUUAACUUGAAAGCUGAUGCUACCUUACUAAUCAUAAUGGCUCAUAUUUACGAGAAGAAUGGACGAAGGGAGGAGCUCAAGAAGCUUAAGAGAGACAUGGAAGAGGCCCCUAAUGUGACUGAGAUGCAGUUCCGUCAGUUCUAUAAUUGUUUGCUUUCGUGCUACUUAAAAUUUGGAGAUCUUGAAUCUGCAUCCCACAUGGUUUUAGAAAUGCUUCGGAAGGCAGAGAAAGCUAAAAAUUCUCUUGGUGUAGCUAAUUUGCUGCUUGGAGCUUCUAGAAGUGGCAAUGCAUCACUUGCAAAUGUUCCCCUCGAUGAUGCAUUUGAUCGAAAUCCGGAUGGAUCAGAAAACUUAGUAUCGUACGAAGAUCUCUGUAGAGACAGAAAGUUUUUAAAGCUGCAGAUUAUUGCUAAAAACUUACUUGAUGUCUUGGUAAUUAAGUUGCAGAAGCAAAUCGAAUUUAUUACCAGUGAACGUGGUAUUCUCCAGCCUACUGAGAAAUUAUACGUUAAAUUGGUAAAAGCUUUCUUAGAAGCUGGGAGAACAAAAGAUCUUGCAGAAUUUCUUAUUAAGGCAGAGAAGGAAGAUUCUCCGGUUUCAGUUGAUGAUUCUUCCUUGGUUCAUGUGAUAAACUCUUGUAUUUCACUUGGAUGGUUAGAUCAGGCACACGACCUACUGGAUGAAAUGCGCUUGGCUGGCGUUAGAACUGGUUCAUCUGUUUAUUCAUCUCUUUUGAAAGCAUACUGUAAAGAGAACCGAGCUGGGGAAGUUGCAUCUCUGCUUAGAGAUGCUCGUAAAGCUGGGGUUCAGGUAGAUGCAAGCUGUUACGAAGUAUUGAUCCAGUCCAGGGCGCUUCAGAAGGACACUCAAGGGGCCCUUGAUCUGUUCAAAGAGAUGAAAGAGUCUAAGAUACCAAGAACGGGUCAUCAAGAAUUUGAGAAAUUGGUCAAAGGGUCUGCAGAAGGAGGUGACGCUAGUUUAGUGAUGAUGCUUUUGCAUGAAAUCAAGGAAGGACAAAAAGUAGAUUAUGGAGUUCAUGACUGGAAUAACGUAAUUCACUUUUUCUGCAAAAAGAGGUUGUUGCAAGAUGCUGAAAAGGCUUUUAAGAAGAUGAGGAGUUUGGGACAUGCUCCAAAUGCACAGACUUUUCAUUCUCUGGUUACAGGUUAUGCCGCCAUUGGUGGAAAAUAUGUGGAGGUGACGGAACUAUGGGCCGAAAUGAAGUCUCUUGCUUUUUCUAGUGGAAUGAAGUUUGAUCAGGAACUGUUAGAUGCUGUGCUUUAUACAUUUGUUAGAGGUGGUUUCUUUGUUCGAGCGAAUGAAGUUGUGGAGAUGAUGGAGAAACGUAAUAUGUUUAUUGACAAGUACAAGUAUCGUACCCUUUUCUUAAAGUACCACAAAACACUCUACAAGGGAAAGGCUCCGAAAUUCCAGUCAGAAACACAGAUGAAAAAGAGAGAGGCAGCAUUGAACUUUAAGAGAUGGGCUGGGUUAUGCUGAAGCGUCAAUUGUCUGUAGCCUCAAGGAUAUGAUCCUGCAAUAUUGGAACUUAUUACUCCGAUAAUUCCUAAAUGGGAUGUCAGCGAACUGAAUGGAGUUCCAUGUUGAUCCAUAUGCCUAGUUUUGACGCAAUGAGCUUUCUUUACGAUGAGUUAAUUAACAUGGCGGUUUCGCCUAGAACGUGAACUAUGGAGGAGGAUGGAUUUGAUGUAGGAGCAGAGUGGAAUUUGGAGCAGGGUAUCCCUAUCCAUCGCUUGAUGCUAGCAGAUCAAGGCAUCUCCGUGGUUUUAUUUGUCAUUAUCAUUUUUUGAUCAUCCAAUCCUUGUUAUCAUAAAUGCCUUGCAAAUAAGUCUUAUUGGUGAGAUGCAUCCUGCUUUCUCUUUGCAUGCUUUUGAGGAAAGCGUCUUAAUGAUGGUUGAUUUAGUCAUGAUUGAAGAUCAUCUGUUUAUUUUGUGCUCUGGAUUUAUUUCGGCCCCGAUGUUCAGAGUGAAGCAUUUAUUUUGCUUUACGAUAAGAAAUCCGUUCAUUUAAUUGUACAGAUGCAUUAAUCUUCUAUCGAAUGGCUUAUGCCUGAGGUGCCUACAUUAUUUAACAUCCAAAAGAAGGGCUUAGUUUCUGCUAAAUCGGUUGGCACUGCCAUUACUUUUCUGCUACUCAUCAUGAUUCAUUUAAGGGAACCUUACUGAAGUACAUGCAAAAUUGCUGAACUGAAGUAUUUGAUUCAUAAGAUGAUUCUGCAAGCACCAAUAGUGACAGCUCAACUCCUCAGCAAUCCAACACAGCUUCUAGGUGGAGCUACAGCAUACUGAUUCUGAUAUAUUUAUUUGGGGGUUUAUGGUGCUGAGUCUCUUCUUUGCCAGGCAACGGCGAGAGAUCAUUAUAAAAAUGGAAGAAAUAGCUGCCUUGGCUAGAGACAGCGCGCUGAAUCAUGAGGGCCUCCUGCAAUUUAUCUAGUAGAUCUGCUGGAGUUAAGCAUUCUUCGCCUUGUUCUUUGGUAAGACGGUUCGAAACAUGGUUUCAUAGAGAAGUUAUUGUGAAGUGAUAUGGUUAAACAUCGAAGUGUAAUUUGAUAUCUCCUAAUUAUUGUGCAAUAUUUGUGCUCUAUUUCAGCUAAUUACUAGAGGGAUUCUGUAGUUUAGUUAAACUUUCCUCUCAUACUUGUUAUGUUCUAAGGAUUAGUUGGCUCUAAUUUAUUGUUGUAUGUAUUUUGAGUUAGGUAUGAACAAUGAAGGUGUUACAUUGUUGUGUUGUAUUGCCUUUGAAGACUUUGAUCAUUUAAUGUAACUAUUUUUUGUGCGUGUGAAUU